UGAUUAUAUGGAGUGGGUGUGACUUUGCAUUCGGUACAGAGCGUGCAGUGGGUGUGACUAUGCCUUGUGUGGGCGUGGGCGUGGCUGUGGCCUCUGCCUGCUGUUGUGUGAUCGCUAACUCGAGCUCGGUGUGGUGUUCUCCAGACUCCAGCAGCAGCAGUUUAUCAUGGCGUCCUCCCUGUUUCUGUACGGGGGUCUCCUGUUCCUGUUGGGAGCACAAUUUUUGUUUGCCCGGCUGGAGCCCUAUGACUUUCUGUAUGACAGCGGAGUGGAAGCCUAUCACCGAGGGGACUGGCAGUCCGUUAUCCUGUACAUGGAGAAGGCUCUGCGUAACCGGGAGCUGCUCCGGUUUCACCGCACAGACUGUCGCACGCACUGCGCCUCUCUCAGCGGCUUCUCGCAGCAGCCCCCGGGCUGGGGUCCCGUCCAGGACCUGAGCUUUUUCCAGACGAUGCUGGAACGGGCCGGCUGCGUAAAGGGUUGCGAGAUGGAGAAGAUCGGAGCACCGUCCAGUUACUAUUCCGGCAGCGAGGAGCUGGAACUGGAGUUCAGAAAGAGGAGCCCCUACAACUACCUGCAGGUGGCCUACUUCAAGAUCCACAAACUAGACAAAGCUGUGUCGGCAGCACACACUUUUUACGUGGGGAACCCCGAACAUAUGGAGAUGCGACAGAACUUGGAGUAUUACAAGAUGAUGGCUGGUGUAUCAGAUUCUGACUUCAGAGAUCUUGAAGCCAAACCCCAUAUGCAAGAGUUCCGUCUGGGAGUAAGUUACUACACGGACGAGGAAUCUGCAUCUUCUAUUGGGCAUUUUGAAAAAGCCUUAGAGGAAUAUUUUAUUUUGGACCUUGAGUGUCGCAGCCUUUGUGAAGGACCCUAUGAUUAUGAUGGUUACAACUAUCUAGAUUACAAUGAAGAUUUAUUCCAGAGUAUUACAGAUCACUAUGUGCAAGUAAUGAGCUGCAGGCAAGGCUGCGUGUCAGAACUGGCCACACAACCUGGCCGAGACAAGCCCAUUGAAGAUUUCCUUCCGUCACAUUUCAACUACCUACAAUUUGCAUACUACAGCAUUGAUAAUUACACUAAAGCAAUUGAGUGUACCAAAACUUACUUAUUAUUUCACCCCAUGGAUGAGGUGAUGAACCAGAAUUUGGUCUAUUAUACUGCUGUUCUGGGUGAGGACAAAGCUGAUUUAAUUCAACCAAGAGAGAAUGUAAAGACGUACAUUAAGCGCAGUCUACUGGAGAAGGAGUUGCUCUUUCUUGCCUAUGAUGUCUUUGGAAUUCCCUUUGUUGACCCUGAUACGUGGACACCAGAAAAUGUCAUGCCCAAGAGGUUACGAGAAAAGCAAAAGGUGGAACGUGAGACAGCAGCCAGAAUAUCUGAGGAAAUUGGUAACUUAAUGAAAGAGAUUGAGAAUCUCGUGGAAGAGAAGACCAGGGAAACAAUGGACUUGUCUCAAGUUGUAAGAGAAGGUGGUCCUGUUUUGUUUGAUGAAGUCAGCGUAGUGAUGAACUCAAAUACUCUUAAUGGAUCUCAGAGAGUGGUGACUGAUGGGAUCAUCUCUGAAGAUGAAUGUAGAGAACUGUUACGUCUCACUAAUGCAGCUGCCUCUGCAGGCGAUGGAUAUCGAGGUACAACCUCUCCUCACACUCCUAACGAGAAGUUUUAUGGAGUAACUGUGUAUAAAGCCCUGAAGCUGGGACAAGAAGGAAAAGUCCCACUGAAGAGUGCACACCUCUACUAUAAUGUUACAGAGAAAGUAAGGCGUGUGGUGGAGUCUUACUUCCGCUUAGAAGUCCCGCUGUAUUUUUCUUAUUCUCAUCUGGUCUGCAGGACAGCUAUUGAAGAGAAACAAGCCGACAGAAAUGAUCUGAGUCAUCCUGUUCACGUUGAUAACUGCAUUUUAAACGCAGAAGCAUUGAUGUGUAUAAAGGAGCAUCCUGCAUAUACAUUCCGUGAUUACAGUGCCAUUUUGUAUUUAAAUGGAGACUUUGAAGGAGGACAUUUCUACUUUACAGAGUUGGAUGCUAAAACAAUCACUGCUGAAGUGAAGCCUCAGUGUGGACGGAUGGUGGGGUUCUCCUCUGGGUCUGAGAAUCCUCAUGGAGUGAAAGCGGUGACAAAGGGCCAGAGAUGUGCAGUUGCAUUGUGGUUUACGCUCGAUCCCAGACACAAUGAGCGAGAACGGGUGCAAGCUGAUGACUUAAUAAAGAUGCUGUUUAACGUAGAAGAUAUGGAUUUAUUUCAAGACAGUGGAUCAGAAGAAAAACUAGUAUCAAACACUUCAGAAGGUGAUAAGAGGGAGCAGACUUCCAUUGUUAAGCCACCUGACGUUGCAGUCACACCGCCGGAACCCCCCACAGCCCCGGACUCUGAUUCCCCUAAAGAAAGAGUACUCCAGCCUUCAUUGGACCCUGUGAAUACAAAGACAGAAUUAUAACACUAAUUUGGGCCUUGUCCUGCAUGAGAGCUAAAGACUGCUGCCUUAAUGAAAUCUGUGAAUCAGGGACGCAUUUCUACAGAUAUCAUUAUGAGAGGAACCAAACAGUCAUUGAGAUUUCAACUUAAGCAUUUUCAUCAUUUUCUUUUUCUCCAUGGUGUCUCACCAUUUGUGAGCUAUGAUCACUGAACUUUAUUAAUCCGUCUGCCAGGGCCGGCCCAAGCUUAUUUUUUUAGUAAGCAAAAACCUAUUUUGGCGCCCCUUGAUGGGAUAAAAGGGGUGUGUUCUUACAAGAAAGGGGUGUGGCUACACAAUUGUACUCCCCGUGGUACAGGGUGAUAGUGGGUGACAGGGAGAUAAUAGGUUACUGGUGAGGCAGGGGUGACAGGGAGAUGGUGGGUGACUGAGGCAGGGUAACAUUGAGAUAGUGGAUGACUGAUGCCCCCAGUGCAGAUACACAUGUCCCCACAGUGCCAGAUAUGCCCCCAGUGCAGAUACACAUGCCCCCAGUGCAGAUACACAUGCCCCCACAGUGCCAGAUAUGCCCCCAGUGCUGAUAUACAUGCCCCCACAGUGCCAGAUAUGCCCCCAGUGCAGAUACACAUCCUCCCAUAGUGCCAGAUAUGCCCCCAGUGCAGAUACACAUCCUCCCAUAGUGCCAGAUAUGCCCCCAGUGCAGAUACAUGUAUCCCCACAGUGCCAGAUAUGCCCCCAGUGCAGAUACACAUGUCCACACAGUGCCAGAUAUGCCCCCAGUGCAGAUACACAUAUCCCCAGUGCCAGAUAUGCUCCCAGUGCAGAUACACAUAUCCCCACAGUGCCAGAUAUGCCCCCAGUGCAGAUACAUAUAUCUCCACAGUGCCAGAUAUGCUCCCAGUGCAGAUACACAUAUCCCCACAGUGCCAGAUAUGCCCCCAGUGCAGAUACAUAUACCCCCACAGUGCCAGAUAUUCCCCCAGUGCAGAUACACAUGCCCCCACAGUGCCAGAUAUGCCCCCAGUGCAGAUACACAUGCCCCCACAGUGCCAGAUAUGCUCCCAGUGCAGAUACAUAUAUCCUCAGUGCCAGAUAUGCCCCCAGUGCAGAUACACAUAUCCACACAGUGCCAGAUAUGCCCCCAGUGCAGAUACACAUAUCCCCACAGUGCCAGAUAUGCCCCCAGUGCAGAUACACAUAUCCCCACAGUGCCAGAUAUGCCCCCAGUGCAGAUACUCACAUCCCCACAGUGCCAGAUAUGCCCCCAGUGCAGAUACACAUCCUCCCAUAGUGCCAGAUAUGCCCCCAGUGCAGAUACAUGUAUCCCCACAGUGCCAGAUAUGCCCCCAGUGCAGAUACAUAUAUCCCCACAGUGCCAGAUAUGCCCCCAGUGCAGAUACAUGUAUCCCCACAGUGCCAGAUAUGCACCCAGUGCAGAUACAUAUAUCCCCACAGUGCCAGAUAUGCCCCCAGUGCAGAUACACAUAUCCCCACAGUGCCAGAUAUGCCCCCAGUGCUGAUAUACAUGCCCCCACAGUGCCAGAUAUGCCCCCAGUGCAGAUACACAUCCUCCCAUAGUGCCAGAUAUGCCCCCAGUGCAGAUACAUGUAUCCCCACAGUGCCAGAUAUGCCCCCAGUGCAGAUACACAUGCCCCCACAGUGCCAGAUAUGCCCCCAGUACAGAUACACAUGCCCCCACAGUGCCAGAUAUGCCCCCAGUGCAGAUACACAUGCCCCCACAGUGCCAGAUAUGCCCCCAGUGCAGAUACACAUGGCCCCACAGUGCCAGAUAUGCCCCCAGUGCAGAUACACAUGCCCCCAUAGUGCCAGAUAUGCCCCCAGUGCAGAUGCACAUGCCCCCACAGUGCCAGAUAUGCCCCCAGUGCAGAUACACAUAUCCCCACAGUGCCAGAUAUGCCCCCAGUGCAGAUACACAUGCCCCACAGUGCCAGAUAUGUCCCCACAGUGCCAGAUAUGCCCCCAGUGCAGAUACAUAUAUCCCCACAGUGCCAGAUAUGCCCCUAGUGCAGAUACACAUGCCCCCACAGUGCCAGAUAUGCCCCCAGUGCUGAUAUACAUGCCCCCACAGUGCCAGAUAUGCCACCAGUACAGAUACACAUCCUCCCAUAGUGCCAGAUAUGCCCCCAGUGCAGAUACAUGUAUCCCCACAGUGCCAGAUAUGCCCCCAGUGCAGAUACACAUGCACCCACAGUGCCAGAUAUGCCCCCAGUGCAGAUACACAUGCCCCCACAGUGCCAGAUAUGCCCCCAGUCCAGAUACACGUGCCCACACAGUGCCAGAUAUGUCCCCAGUGCUGCUACACAUGCCCUCACAGUGCCAGAUAUGCCCCCAGUGCAGAUACACAUGCCCCCACAGUGCCAGAUAUGCCCCCAGUGCUGCUACACAUGCCCCCACAGUGCCAGAUAUGCCCCCAGUGCAGAUACACAUCCUCCCACAGUGCCAGAUAUGUCCCCAGUGCUGCUACACAUGCCCCCAAAGUGCCAGAUAUGCCCCCAGUGCAGAUACAUAUAUAUCCCCACAGUGCCAGAUAUGCCCCCAGUGCAGAUACACAUGCCCCCACAGUGCCAGAUAUGCCCCCAGUGCUGAUAUACAUGCCCCCACAGUGCCAGAUAUGCCACCAGUGCAGAUACACAUCCUCCCAUAGUGCCAGAUAUGCCCCCAGUGCAGAUACAUGUAUCCCCACAGUGCCAGAUAUGCCCCCAGUGCAGAUACACAUGCCCCCACAGUGCCAGAUAUGCUCCCAGUGCAGAUGCAUAUAUCCUCAGUGCCAGAUAUUCCCCCAGUGCAGAUACACAUAUCCCCACAGUGCCAGAUAUGCCCCCAGUGCAGAUACACAUAUCCCCACAGUGCCAGAUAUGCCCCCAGUGCAGAUACAUAUAUCCCCACAGUGCCAUAUAUGCCCCCACAGUGCCAGAUAUGCCACCAGUGCAGAUACACAUCCUCCCUUAGUGCCAGAUAUGCCCCCAGUGCAGAUACACCUGCCCCCACAGUGCCAGAUAUGUCCCCAGUGCUGGUACACCUGCCCCCACAGUGCCAGAUAUGCCCCCAGUGCUGCUACACAUGCUCCCACAGUGCCUCCUACAGUGCUGCUACACAUGCCCCACAGUGCCAGAUAUGCCCCCAGGGCUGCUACACAUGCCCCCACAGUGCCUCCUACAGUGCCAGAUAUGCCCCCAAUGCUGCUAUACAUGCCCCCACAGUGCCUUCUACAGUGCUAGAUAUGCUCCCAGAGCUGAUACACAUGCCCCCACAGAUCCUCCCCCUCCCUGAAAAAAAAGUGCUGCUCACCGCUUCUGUGAGGGGAGGAGAGCGCAGCGUGCGCCUUUCCUACCCCUCCAUCUCCAGCGGCGGUGUCUAUCUUCAAUUCGCCGCCGGCCCGCGAGCCAAUCAGAGCUCGCGGUCCGGCAGCCAAUCAGGAGUCUCAGCUGCCGGUCCGUGAGCUCUGAUUGGCUCAUGGCCGGCGACGAAUUUAAGAUAGUCACUGCCGCCGGAGACGCCAGUGCGCGCCGGGCAGCGGUGGCCGAGAGCGGAUCAAGCCGAUUGCUGUCCACCGCUGCUGUAGAGAGUGAGUCACUGUGACUCACUGUCUGUAGCAGCGCCCUCUACUGCCUGGCGCUCAACGCGGCAGCGUAGCCCUUGUAUGAGUCGGGCUGGCCCUACCGUCUGCCAGGGUGUACUCCAGAAACUGACCCCGCCCACUUAUACCAAUAAAGUGUUUAAUUGUUGAUGACAAAGGGUACUUUGAUUAUGAGGAGCAAUUGAUGAAAACUUUAGUGAAGUUUUUUUUGCCACAUUGAAAAAGAAAAUGAUAAUAUAUUUACCAUUUUAUGUACAAAAGUUUUUAGAUGUUCAGAUGAUUAAUACAGGUGCUAUUUCUUAUUGCACCAAAUUGUGCAAUAUUUCCUGCUGUUCUAUGCUUCAGAGUCUUUAAUGACCAUUUUUUUUCCUUGACCACCAGUUCUCUGAAAUCCCACAUCAUCAGGACUUUUAAAUGUAAAGUUAACUGUUGUCCCAAGUGACCUUAAUUAUUAUGUCUGAUGUGUUGGAGAGUUUGUAAAAGUGAGAUUAUCAAUUGAUGCUAACCAUUCAACUUGGAUUCGAAACUCUAGGCAUGUGUCUGGAAGACCUGGUGAUUUCAGUCUGAAAAGUUCAUUCAGAAGGGGAAGGGAAAACUUGUACUUGUGUGGACUUGCACAAAGAUAUCAACUGUGGAUAGAAUGGAUAUUUAUGUCAUCCUUAAAAAAACACUAGGAACCUGAUGCAUCAUGGAUGCACUAAGUACCCACUUCCACUAUUUCUUGAAUAUACUCGAAGUGAUAUUUAUACAUUUUGUGAAAUCUUUUCUCUGAAUUGAUAAAAUCAUUGCGAGCUGUUGUUAA